GCGCCCGGCCGCCCGUGACGCGCCGCUGCCAGGCCCGCUCGUCGGCGAGCCCUAGCCGGCGCGGCUCCGCGGCUCGGAGAUGAGCAGGUCCGUGGCGCUGCUGCUCUGCCUGCUGAGCUGCCACGUCUGGAAGGCGGUGACCAAGACGCUGCGGGACCCCGGCGCUGGAGCCCAAGAGGUCACGCUGAAGGUGCACAUCAGUGACGCCAGCACCCACCAGCCCAUUGGGGACGCGCUCAUUGAGGUUUUCAACAACCAGGUCUCCAUUGCAUCUGGCACGUCGGGGACAGAUGGCGUCGCCUUCAUCAAGUUCCAGUAUAAGCUGGGCAGUCAGCUGGUGGUCACUGCCACUAAGCAUGCCUACGUGCCAAACUCUGCCCCGUGGAAGCCGAUCCGAUUCCCCGUAUUUUCUUCCCUGAGCCUUGGCCUGCUUCCAGAACGAUCUGCCACACUAAUGGUGUAUGAAGAUGUUGUCCAAAUUGUAUCUGGAUUCCAAGGUGCCCGGCCGCAGCCUCGCGCUCACUUCCAGAGAAGGUCCCUGAGAUUGCCGGAGAACACCAGCUACAGUGACCUGACUGCCUUCCUCACGGCUGCCAGCUCCCCCUCGCAGGUGGACAGUUUCCCUUACUUGCGAGGAUUAGACGGAAAUGGAACAGGAAACAGCACUAGGUACGACCUGACCCCGGUCACGGCCGUCAGCGUCCACCUGCUCAGCAGUAAUGGAACGCCGGUGCUGGUGGAUGGGCCCAUCUAUGUCACCGUGCCCCUGGCCACACAGAGCAGUCUGAGGCACAAUGCCUAUGUUGCAGCGUGGCGGUUUGACCAGAAGCUGGGAACGUGGCUGAAGAGCGGUCUGGGCCUGGUGCACCAGGAAGGCAGCCAGCUGACGUGGACGUACAUCGCCUCCCAGCUGGGCUACUGGGUGGCAGCCAUGUCUCCUCCCGUCCCAGGUCCCGUUGUAACACAGGACAUAACCACGUAUCACACGGUGUUUCUUUUGGCCAUUUUAGGAGGAAUGGCUUUCAUACUUUUGGUUUUGCUGUGUCUCCUUUUAUAUUAUUGCAGGAGGAAGUGCCUGAAGCCUCGUCAGCACCACAGAAAACUGCAGCUGCCAGCGGCCCUUGAGAGUUCCAAAAGAGACCAGGCCACGUCCAUGUCGCACAUCAACUUGCUGUUCUCUCGGCGGGCGUCUGACUUCCCCGGGCCGCUGUCUGUCGCCAGCCACGGCCGCUCCGAGGCCCCAGGCGUGCAGGAGCGGAGGAGUGGGGUCCCCCUGGACAUGGUGUCUCCUGGCGGCGAGGGGGACCUGCACACGCCCAUGCUGAAGCUCUCCUACAGCACCUCGCAGGAGUUCAGCUCCCGGGAGGAGCUGCUCUCUCACAAGGAGGAGGAGAAAAGCCAGAUCUCCUUGGAUAACCUGACACCCAGCGGGACCCUGGGGAAGGACCAUCAGAAGUCUGCGGAGAUCUUCCCUUUAAAGGCCAGGAAACCCGCGGAGAGGGACGGCUAUGAGUCCCCUGGCCACGAGGACUACCGGGGUAGCUACAAGGCCAUGCUCUCCCAGCCUUUAUUUGAGAAGCAGGACCGAGAAGGUGCAGCGUCCACAGGAAGCAAGCUGGCCACUCAGGAACACAUGUACCCCCCGCCCUCAUCUCCUGAGAAAGAGCAGCUGCUGGAUCGCAGACCCACUGAAUGUAUGAUGUCGCGAUCGGUGGAUCACCUGGAGAGACCCACAUCUUUCCCGCGGCCAGGCCAGCUGAUCUGCUGUAGUUCCGUGGACCAGGUCAAUGACAGUGUGUACAGGAAAGUGCUGCCCGCCUUGGUCAUCCCUGCACAUUACAUGAAGCUGCCCGGGGACCAUCCCUACGUCAGCCAGCCUCUGGUGGUGCCAGCCGACCCGCAGCUGGAAAUCGAACGGUUGCAGGCUGAGCUCUCCAACCCGCACGCGGGCAUCUUCCCGCACGCGGCCUCUCAGAUGCAGGGCCAGCCCUUGUCUUCCCAGGCCAUCUCACAGCAGCACCUGCAGGAGGCAGGCACCCGGGAGUGGAGCCCUCAGAACGCGGCCAUGUCCGAGUCACUGUCCAUCCCGGCAUCCCUGAACGACGCGGCUUUGGCGCAGAUGAACAGCGAGGUGCAGCUCCUGACCGAGAAGGCGCUGAUGGAGCUGGGCGGCGGGAAGCCGCUCCCACACCCCCGGGCGUGGUUCGUCUCCCUGGACGGCAGGUCCAACGCUCACGUUAGACAUUCUUACAUUGAUCUCCAAAGAGCUGGAAGGAACGGAAGCAACGACGCCAGCUUAGACUCUGGCGUGGACAUGAACGAACCAAAAUCGGCCCGGAAGGGAAGGGGGGACCCUUUGUCUCUCCCGCAGAACCACCCACCCGUGCAGGAGCAUCCGCAGAAAGAGCCCCGCGCCCAAGACAGCAGCGCCUACACGCAGCUCGUGUACUUGGACGACAUGGAGCAGAGCGGCAGCGAGGGUGGGACCACGGUGUGCACCCCCGAGGACAGCACGCUGCGGUGCUUGCUGGAGGGGCCCAGCCGGCGCAGCGGGGGCCAGCUGCCCAGCCUGCAGGAGGAGACCACCAAACGAACUGCCGAUGGUCCCUCCGAGACGCUGGCCAGCCCCCACCCUAGAAGGUCUGCUCACGACGACGAUGACGAUGAGGACGAGGAUGACGACCAAGGAGAAGACAAGAAAAGCCCCUGGCAGAAACGGGAGGAGAGACCGCUGAUGGCAUUUAACAUUAAGUGAGCUGCCUCAGAGCUGCCAACCGUGGAAUUUAAAAUUGCCAAAUAUCCUUUCUUGUGGAAGCGCCUACCCGUGUGUGGGAGGAGGUGGACCCGCAGCAGCUGCGGGAAGUGGAGGCUCACCGCUCCCCGCAUUUCUGUUUGCGGUGCCCACGUGCAAAAGGAAUUACAGUUACCACUCAGAACACCAGAUGACCUCCAUGGGUGCCACACCUCCCAGCAGGUGGCUGGAAGCACGUCUGCAUGUGGUGGACGGACGGGACGUGUCCACCGCCAGAAACACUGAAAAACCACACGUGAUGUCGCUACGCUCUACCGAUCACCUCAUUUCUCCCUAGGAUUCUGGGAACAGAUGAAACUCUUUGCAUUGCUUGAAUCAGUUUUAUCACCGUGAUGCUACUGUGAAGCUAUUUACUGAGAAGUUAGGUUGCCACUUAGUGUCUCGAGACGUAGGCAUUAUCUCAAAGGAAAGCUAUGCAUCGCUGCUUCGUUGUCUUACUUUGCUUAGGUUUUGCUUUGCUUAGGUUUUGUUUGGGGGUUUGCGUUGAUUUUUGUGAGACCAUUUGGUUGUGCAGAUUUACUUCCUUCAUUUGAACCCGUUCUGCUUCUCAGCGGUUUUGUUGCAGUGUCUCUCCUCGGGAGCUCCUGAGUGUCAUCUCUGAACACCCAAGCUUUGUCAUGAAACCGUACUGAACUUUCUGUCAGCUUAGAGUCCUUCAAUCCUGGUCCCAUUAACUCCAAGUGCCUUUUUUACAGUGACGACAGACAGCCCCUCACUUGUCUUUGUUUUUCUCUACCCUCUUGAUUGAACUGCCUAGAUUUUAUACAGUUACGGAAGGAGCCCCUGUCCUUUAACUGCAUGCUGCCAAGUGCCGUUUGUGCUCAGCAUUCCCGCUUGUAGGAGGUGUGCUCGCCAGUCCCCACGCAGCACGUGGGUUCUGUCAGCUGAGACAGGCGAGAGGCCAGGUAGAGCCGCCCUCCCCGCCGCUGUCCCUCGGGCCACCUGCCGCCGUGAGGGUCUUAGUGGCUGUUUGUAUAUACGGUUACGUGUUAACUCCGGAAUCCCAUGGGCUGACCUUGCUCAGCAAUCCUGAGAGCAAAGACUGAGCAAGUAGACUGAAUGUGAGUGCUGGAAAGAUUCUUAUGUACUACCCAGAAGUGCCGGAAUGACUCCUCUGUGCAUUCUCCUUAAACAGCUGCUUGGUUAUCCAAAAAUGAAAAUUCACAAUAAACUCUGGAGACAGAGAAAAAACAACAACAGCAGUGUUUUUGUGGUCAUUUUAAUUCAU